ACCGCCCGGCUUGUUUACUAGCCGGUUCAUGUGGACGCGCAGUAGUUAAACAUGGCGUUGGAAAUACAGCUGGAAAUUGUUGGUUUGUUAAAAACGCAUAAUUUUCAUGCGGCUAAAAGUAUUGCAGAGGCACUGAAACAAAACUUCCCAGCUUCAUUUGCUGAUCCCACCAUUCGCCCGAUGCUUGAAAGUGACUGGCAUGUCUACAUAACGGAUAAAAGAAAGGAGCUCAGGGGGGAGAUGUGGCAGUACCCCGGGAAUGUCGUGUGCUGGGUGAACGGCAGUGUGCUGGGUGAUGAGAAGCAGCUGUGCAGUUGGGCAGAGAAACAGUGGACCUUCACCUUCUACCGUCCACAAGCGCUUUACGCGGCACUCGCCCAGGAGUGCUACAGCAGACACCUGCACAGCACAGGGCAUAUAUUUGUAUAUAUGGAUGUUGCGAUUGGAGGCGAGGCAGUUGGGCGAAUGCUGUUUGAGCUUUUCUCAGAUCUGUGUCCAAAGACAUGUGAAAACUUUAAAGCCCUGUGCACUGGAGAGGCAGGCACCUCUCAAAGCGAACUCGCACUUUGCUAUAAGGACUCCUUAUUCAACAGAAUAGUACCUAAUGGCUGGGUGCAGGGAGGAGACAUUACAGUACAAAGCAGAGGCAAUGGUGGGGAGUCCAUCUAUGGCCCAACAUUUGAAGAUGAAAAUUUCUCUGUGUCUCACAACAAGCGAGGAAUCCUGGGCAUGGCCAACCGAGGUCCCCACACUAACAGCUCUCAGUUCUACAUCACACUACAGCCAGCCCUGUGGAUGGACAGAAAAUAUGUGGCCUUUGGGCAAGUUGUUGAAGGCACAGAGAUUCUUAGGAGACUAGAAGAGGUGCCCACUUAUAACGAAAGGCCCAAACAAGACUGCAGGAUAGUCACAUGUGGAGUGUUUGACCCUUGAUUGACUGUCAUGGUGUAAGAUUUAAAAAGAAAACAUUUCACUUGUGCCAGCUGUAGCACACACUCCAGUAUCUUCAGAUUGUCUUUAACUUCAAAGCCUUCACAUUAAAAAUAGCCCUGUAGAAGUUUCUGUAUUUUACUCAGCUAUUUUCAUGUUUUCUCCUUCAGUUAGUUUGGUUAUUAAUCUUCAUUCUUCUGACCUGAGUGACUUGCAUUAGGACACAACAUUGUUUGAAAUGCAGUUAAAGAAACAAGUAUCGUAAACCUAAGCCAUAAACAUUUCAGGCUUUUGCCUGUACUGUGCCUAACAUCUGCAAAGGAGAGCAGAAUAAAAAUUUGCUUGCCAAAUUUGCAUGUUCAUCCCACAAAUAAUUUAAUUUUGGUUAUAUUAGCACUCUAGCAAAUUACCUGUUGAUCCAUUUUUGAUGCUACAUGACACUGUGUGCCAAUAUAUGAUUUGAUACUGUAUAGGACUGUAUAUGAUGUACCAAUAUGCACAUACCCUUUUAAUAAAGAAAACAAAGUCCUGUUUUAUAGCCAUGUCACUGGCAUGCACAUACUCUUCCUGGGGCACGGGAAAUAAACAAGUG